UCUCUUUUUAAUUUUUGUUUGGUGGUUGUAAAGAAAAAAAAAAUUUUCCAACUCCAAUUCACCCCCCUCUUGGAGUGCAUUGAGCCAACAAUUGGUAUCAGAGCAAGGGUUUCAAUUUGAAGGUUUAACCACCUAGGAAUUAAUCGGGGAUGGCUUAAUUUCAAGCUUCUCAACCACUUGAAGGUUUGUCUACCACUAGGCCUCCUUUCUUUGAUGGUACUAAUUAUAAUUAUUGGAAGAAUAAGAUAAAGGUCUACAUGCUUGCAACUGAGCCUAGGGCAUGGAUUGUGACUAUGAAAGGUCCAUAUGUGCCCAUAAAAGUUGUGCCAAAGGAAGAAGUUGAAUGGAAUGAUGAAGAUUUGGGGAAGAUCAUGAUCAACAACAAAGCAGUAACACAUGAAGGAACAAGCCAAGUGAAGGAGUCAAAAAUCAAUAAAGUCAUUUGCAUGUAUGAGCUUUUCAAGAUGAAAUCAGAGGAGAGCAUUCAAGAUAUGUAUACAAGAUUGAAUGAUAUAGUCACCAAUCUCAAGGCUCUUAGUAAGGUUUAUCCUUCUCAAGAAGUGGUGAGGAAGGUUCUUAGAAGCUUGCCUAAGAAUUGGGAAGCGAAGAAGACCGCAAUUGAAGAGUCUAAGGAUCUUAACACUCUCAAGCUUGAUGAUCUCAUUGGAAAAUUGUUGACAUAUGAGAUGGAAAUUCAACUUGAUGGUGGAGUUGAAGUAGUUGAGAAGAAGAAGAAGGAUGUUGCAUUCAAGGCUAGCAAACAAAAAGAAGAAAGUGAAGAUGAUGCUAGUGAUGAUGAGCCUAGCCAUGAGGAGGACAUCACCAAAUUAGUUUCAAAAGAAGUGAGGAAAUAUAUGAAGAAGAGCCUUAAAGGGAAAUCCUCUAGAAGAAACAAGGAAAUUCACUACUCUAGAGGAAGAAUGUGUAGUGAUGAUGAUGAUAGAGGAAGCCAAGAAAGAAGCAUAUCAAAUGCUAUGAGUGCAAUGAGAUGGGACACUAUAGAGAUGAAUGCCCCAAUUUGAAGAAAGGCAAGAAAAACAAAGCAUUUGUUACCUUUGUUACCAUAUGGAGCAAUGAUGAAUGUAGCUCAUUCGGGAAUGAAGGCUCCUUGGAAGAUGAUGUGUCCAAUCCUUGCUUUAUGGCUCCAAAAAAUAGCUUCUUUAAUGAAGAGGUAAGCUCUAA